UCUCUGCCAAACUUAGUAUGUGUAUCUUCCCAUGUAGUUUGCGUGAUGACUAAAAACGUCUGUGAAAAGGAGACUACGUGCACUAGCUAUUUCUAAAGCGUUUCAUUUUUCCUUAUUCUUAAUAAUGAGAAGAUCCUGGAAUAGGAAAAGGAAAAUAAUAUAUACAGUACUGCUGGCAGGGUUUUGUUAUUACAUGUACAGGAAUCUUCAGCUUUCUAGUCUCGUUGGCAGUCCAGGAAAAACUCCCGUUAGAUGUCACAAAACCAAAGAAGAGAUUGCUCAACUUGUAAACAUCUCGCAUGCAGUUCACGAUAUCCUUGAGGAACUUGGUAUCAAACAUUGGUUGAUGUUCGGUUCGUUGUGGGGAAUCGUACGUAAAAUCCACAAUCCUUUACCAUGGGAUAAAGACGUUGAUAUAGGGCUGUCUGGCGACGACGAUAAUUUUUCAAAACUCACAAGAGAACAGUUUCUAUCUGCAUUCACUUCCAAAGGGUUUAUCUUGAAAGAGAGGCUAGAUCGCAAUGCAAUUAUUGGCGUUUUUAACAGCGAUCUUUGCCCAAAUGGUUGGGUCGACCUCUUUGUUUUUUACGACUACAGCGGCAAGAUGAAAAGGACAGGCUGGGAAACGUGGCUUGUUCCCAUCAACUAUAACCUGUUUUCGUCCUUUCCUUCUAGUGCUAUCCAGGGGUCUCUACCUAAAGCACGCUUUGGAGAUUUUGAGAUAUAUGUUCCUCGUGACAUUAUGUUGGUUCUACGAAAUGUUUAUCCGUAUAAUUGGUGGAAGGUUGAUAGACCCACGAACUGUAUCGAUGACUGAAAACAGUCCUGUUUUGAAGAAUAGCAAGCUAGUGAUGUCUUAGCAAGGAUGGGUUUUCGUAGAAAUUGGAUGAAAUACUUUAAGAGGAUCGUAACAGUGGCACUUCACAGAGUGACUCUAUCCACUGAAUUCCAAUUGAGAUUUAGAAGUUGACUUUUAUAUAUUCAAUAUAUUCUAAAUUCAAUUUCUUCUUGAUAUUCUUUAUCGAUGAUGUCUAGAAAAGUGCAAUUUAUCAAGCUAGCAGUCUGACUAAUAUUUGUUCCUCUGUCACACAUCAUCGUAUCAAUCUAUAUUUUAGAGCGUUUUCACUCACGUGAGAAGGCAGCUAUAAACAAUAGAAACUUUCUGCACAGUAUUUGCAUAAAAAUAGAGUUCAAUUCCUGGAGGAUAGAAAAUGUAUUGUUUUGGUAUCCCAUAAUGGCCGCUGUGACGUCACGUGAAAACGCUCUAUAAAUUGAAGGUUGAAGGUUGACUAAACCCAACAAGUGCUAUUCAUUCAGAUGGCAAUCAUUGCUGUCAAUGAACAAUGGAAAGGGGCUAGAUCUUACGUUUAGUAUCUUGAAUACAAGCUUGCAAACUGACAGUUCUUUAAAUAGAAAUAUUUGUGGUAAUCGAUGGAUAGGUCAAGUUUUCAAGUCCGAGCAUUUUGAUUGAAUCAGACGCGACUUGACGAAGGAUGUUCCGCUUCAUUUUGCAGUCACAUGUGGAAUCACAUGCCAUCACAAGCUAGGUUUCUGUGGUAUUAUAUCCGAUUUAAAAAAAAACGUUUAAACUGGCUUAAUCCAAAAUCUAACCACACAGGGCGAAAGAAGUACUAUUUUACAACAGUCAUCUAAUAUUUCUUUACUCUAUUUUACAAUUUAAUUAUUUACAUUUUUAAAAUAAUAUGAUACCAGAGAACGUGACAUAUCUUGGGCUACCUGUGGUGGAUUCAAAUCUGAUCUGCUGCGUGCGGUUUCAUACGAAUAUAUAAACUGGAUAUGAUAAGGCCUGUAACUAAACCUCAGGUCAUCGAUCAACCUCAUGACCGACUCGUUUAUUAGACAGGACAGGCGAAGAGGAAAUAACCUUUCGAAAAGAUCGAAAUCAAUUCCAUCACCAAUGAAGUUUUUUCCCGAUUUUUUUGAUCAUUAUAAUUUCAAACCUUCAUAUCGGAUUUUAAUAUGUUUAGCAUUUUUAGGGUUUGUUUUAACAUAUCGUUAGACUGAUGGCCAUAAGCCGUAGUUUUCGCUCCAUUGUGGGUUGUGGCCGCUCAAUUUAUCACACUUUAACUUAUUUUCUGUGCGAACGAAAACGAGGCUUGCGCAUAUUUGAUAAAUUCCCUCUAAGCCGUUAAAAGGUUUUUUUUAGCAUUUCCACGCUUUCUGUCAACUAAUUGUUUAUUUAUAACUAAAUAAAGUUUCAUUUGAAGUAGAUAGAAUAAAAAACGCAGAAUCGUGGUAAGGGUUUAUUGAGCAAAUGUAUCGUUGUCAGACGUUGAGCAAUCAAUAAUAAACUUGCUUCCAUCUGUUUAGAA